AUGGUUGCGAUCAUCAGAUGGGCGAGGCAACACAAAAGAAGCAUCUUCGUUGCCAUCACCCUCACCCUGAUUCUGACAGCCUUUAUUAUCCACCGACACGAUACAUCUAGAGACCACUAUCUGACAGCUGACAUCGCACACCAUGCACCGCUGGCUGCAACAGCAGGCCAGGUCUUGCUGUCUCCCGGAGAAGCCAAGUCGAUGUGUCGUGCCAAUGACUUUCCUACCUACAAGAAGCAGAAUCGGAAAGUGUAUGAGAUUCUCCUCAUCAACACGGAGCUGGAUUGGCUAGAGGUCGGGCUCCACGAACUUGGGCCGUAUGUGGACUACUUCGUCGUUGUCGAAGCCGACACGACGUUCACGGGCAUCGCAAAGCCACUCCACUUCAAGGAGGACUCGCACCUCUUCAAGGACUUCCAGCACAAGAUCAUCCAUCGUGCCGUCCAUGACCCGAUUGUGAGCUCACGGAUCUGGGACCACGAAGAUUGGUUCCGAGAGUCGAGUCUCCAUGAGGUAUUCCCGAGUCUGGAAGGAACGGAAGCCGAAGCAAAUGAUGGCGAUGCGCUGCUGGUCAGCGACAUGGAUGAAAUCGUCAGACCAGGUGUCCUGCUAUUACGGUACUGCGACUUUCCCUCCCGCCUGAUCCUGCGCACGGAUUUCUUCUACUACUCGUACCAAUGGCGACAUCGCGGCCCUCAAUGGUCACAUCCAGACGCUACAGUCUACCGUGGCCGCAACACCCUCGACCCGAACGCCCUGAGACAAGGUCUGCUCGGCCCUGGUUGGACGCCGAUAGCCGCACUGCGACGAUGGUGGGACCGAGCCACUAUAUGGAAUGCUGGAUGGCACUGUUCGAGCUGCUUCGCCACAGUUGCAGAAAUGCGCUUCAAGAUGAACAGUUUCUCGCAUCAGCCGUGGAAUACGCCGUACUGUCGAGAGCUGCCCGUCUUGACUGAUAGGGUGAGGCAUGGCAAGGAUUUGUUUGGGAGGGAGGGCGAGAAUUAUGAUCGUGCUGAGGGUAAUCGGGAUGUACCGGCGUAUGCCUUGGAGCAACAUGAGAAGGAGGGACGGUUCAAGUAUAUGAUGACUAGGGACGGCGAGGAUGCUGGCUUUGAGGAUUGGAAGGAUGCGCCACAUAGCGAUCCGAAGCGAGGUUGA